UCUCGGAGGAGGUGCAGGGAGGUAACUACCUCAGUAUGUAUGUAUGGGUGUGUGUAUAAAAGAUGUGGAGGAUGACUAGUAAAUGCUGACGAGCAGAGCAAAGAUAAAAGAUUAUGGGUUGACCUUUGGAAAACAAAUGACCUAAAAUUUAAAAAAUCCCUGGAGAAACAUGGAAGACAAAAAGGUCCUUACUUUUGUGCCCUCUGCGGCUCCAUCCACAGAGAGGCCUAAGAAUGGCUACUUUUUCCAAGAGAUGGAACUGAGGGAUGGGGAGCAGGACUAUGUGGAGGAUUCACCUACUACCAACAAGGACCACAUUUAUGACAAUGAGAUCCAGAUUAGUCCUUCAGAUCCUGAAGGACCUGGAUUUGGGCUUUUAAACACAACAAGAAAAUAUGUUAAGCCCAUGAACUUCGAGGAGGAAGUCCGCGCCCACAGAGACCUGGAUGGCUUUCUGGCCCAGGCAAGCAUCCUUCUGGAUGAAAAAGCUGCCACUCUGGAUGAGGUGCUAAGGCAAAUGUUAACUUAUGUUGUGGUCGAAGGCCGUGAGAGUUGGGAUGUGGAUGAGAUCAUGAACUCACUGUUCACAGACGCAGGAAGGAAAGAGAUCAAUGUUCAUCUUCUGUCAGAAACCAUUCAGGGUGUGACGGCAACUUCUACUGGCAUUCAUUACCAGCAGUCCUGGCUUUGUAUUCUCUCGAAUGUGAGGAAUCUGCAGAGACGUCAUGUCUGCAUCACCCGCCUGGAGAGACCACAAAACUGGGGUGUCAACUGUUGUGAAGCUCGCUACGUCGUCCUUAUCCUCGCUCCACCUAGAACAAAAAGCACCAAGACAGCCAUUGAGGUGGGUAGAACAUUUGCAACAAUGUUCUCUGACAUUUCCUUCAGACAGAAGCUUCUGGAGACAAAGACCGAAGAGGAGUUCAAACAGGAGCUUGUCAACCACCGACAACAGCUCUCUGUAAUCAGUGAUAAACCGGUCAUAGAGGAAGUGGAGGACUCAGAUCCACGCAGGGGCAAACCUCUCCAGUGCAUAGAUUUCUUCAGAUUUGGUAAGGGUGUUUAUGAUGACUUCCGCCGCAGACUGCCUUUGUACCCCUCAGACUUCACAGAUGGUAUAAUUGGAAAUGACCGCUCUCUCUUGAAGUACACCACCACUGCGAUUUUCCUCUACAUUGCAAUUCUACUGCCUGCCAUUGCCUUUGGUUCACUGAAUGACGAAAGCACAAGAGGAGAAAUAGAUGUUCAGAAGACCAUUGUUGGCCAGAGCAUUGGAGGAGUGAUCUAUGCUUUGUUUGCUGGCUCACCGCUUGUCAUUCCGCUGACUACUGCACCACUGGCCAUCUUCAUAAGCGUCAUCAGGGGUAUUUGUGAUGACUACGACCUCGACUUUGAUGCUUUCUACGCCUGCAUCGGUUUAUGGAACAGCUUGUUCCUCAUCCUCGGAGGCUUAUUCAAUGUCAGCCUGCUGAUGAAACUCUUCAAACGCUCAACAGAAGAAGUGAUUGCAUUGUUCAUCUCAAUUGCAUUUGUUGGAGAUGCGGUGAAAGGCACAAUCAAAAUUUUUCACCAUUAUUACCACGGGCCCAUUCUCACGACCACAAACAAAACACUGGUGCUUCAGCAGAUUAAUGAGAUUCUAGACAGUGCAAAAAACAAGACAGACACCCCACUGGAGCAUCACAAUGAGACCGGGAUGAUGUCAGGACAUGCAGAGGGGCAUGAGUCAAUCUUCCUGCCUGAGUCUUUGGUGUUAUGCACAAGAGAAAGACCCAUCCUCUGUCUCCUGCUCAUGUUGGGGACAUUGUGGCUGGGUUAUACACUCUACCUCAUCAAGAGGAGCCCGUAUCUGAAUGCCAAAAUCAGAGAGGUGGUGUCUGACUGUGCUUUGCCUGUGUCUGUGCUGAUACUCUCCUUCACUGGCUCCUACCUUUUCAUUGACAUACAGCUUCCCGUGUUCAGUGUACACGAUGGUCCGAUCUUCAAGUUCCCUCCAUUUGAAAAGCUGUCAGGAAUGAAUGCACUGAGUGCAGUUGGUCUGGGGUUUCUACUUGCUUUGCUCAUCUUUAUUGACCAGAACAUCGUCAUUUCACUGACACAUGUGCCGGAACACAAGUUGCUAAAAGGCACAGCAUUCCACUGGGACUUAAUGCUGACUGGCUUUAUUAACAUCCUCAUGUCCUGUCUGGGGUUGCCAUGGAUGCACGCUGCUUUCCCACAUUCCUCUCUGCAUGCCCGUCAGCUUGCCAAAGUAGAACAGCAAGUAGAGAACGGACACCUCUACACGACCAUUGUUAGUGUGAAGGAAACACGUCUGACCUCACUGGUGGCCAACAUCUUGAUCGGCCUGUCCGUGUUCAUGCUGCCCAUUCCUCUGCAGUGGAUUCCCAAGCCUGUCCUCUAUGGCCUCUUCCUUUACAUCGCAGCCACUUCACUUGACGGAAAUCAAAUGGUGGACCGCAUGACCCUCCUGCUAAAGGAACAGACCUCCUAUCCUCCCACUCACUACAUUCGCCGUGUGCCUCAGAGGAAGGUCCACUACUUCACGGGGCUGCAGAUAAUCCAGCUGAUCAUUCUGUGUGCAUUCGGGAUGUAUCCUCUGCCCUACAUGAAGAUGGUUUUCCCCUUGCUGAUGAUCCUGCUGGUCCCUGUCAGGACGAGCUUGCUUCCAAGAAUGAUUGAGGCCAAGUAUCUGGACAUCCUGGAUUCACAAUACAUGUAGAACUUUAAAGCAAUUUCAUGACAAGAUUCAGUUUCUCCAGGAAUUAAUUAUCUGAUGAAAUAAAAUUAU